AUGGCCACUCUCGACUCCCUGAAGGGGGCUCUCAGGCAAAAAGCCAUCGCAUCAGCGAUAUUCCAGAAGCAGCCAUUGUCAGACAUCCAGUACAGUGCUGGCUUCGAUAUUUUACUACGGGGGCCAGGUUGGAUGACGUACCAAGACUUCAUUAUCCCUCAACUUUCUCAGCUGCUAGCUCCUCUCCUCGACUCACGUAAUAUCUCGGUGCUAGAAAUCGGACCAGGACCGAAGAGCGUACUUGGACAUCUGCCCGGUCAUCUAAGGCAGAGGAUCAGGAGAUAUGCUGCAUUUGAGCCCAAUGACCUACUUGCUACAAGAUUGCAGAACUGGCUAUCCUCGACGUCGGAGACAGAGUCCCCUCUGCCCUGUCUGGAGAGUCCGGUUGAUAUCUAUCGAGUUCCAUUCGACCUGAAUAGCAACGCAAACAGUGGUACUAGUGCAAGUACUGGUACGCAUGAUAGCGACGAAAAGUUCGACGUUAUCUUGUUCUGCCACAGCAUGUAUGGCAUGGAGCCCAAAGUCAGGUUCAUUGAGCGAGCGUUAGAAAUGCUUGUUGAGAAACCCGAAGGAGGAAUAGUGGUGAUUUUCCACCGCGACAAGACCCUACACCUCGACGAAUUAGUGUGCCAUCGAACGGCUUCUUUCCCUACCGGGGCCGUUCGCGUGGCAAAUGACGACGAUGCACUAGACUCUUUCGCCCCUUUCAUCGCAGGAUUUAUCAUGCAGGAUGUGGAGGUGGACAAGGCUAUCCGGGUUGAAUGGCGUGAAGUUUGCCGCGCCUUGGGCCGUCGCCAAGAGGCUGACCCAGAUCACCUCGUAUUCAGCUCGCCUAACAUCAUGGCGGCGUUCACACGACAUGCGACAUCGUUAUCGGAGUUGACGGCACAGGUGCCGCUGGUAGAGGGAGGCAAAACAGUCAAAAACCGGGAGGCUUGUCUUCAGUAUCCCGCCGCGAUUAUGAGGCCGACGGAGCUCCAACACGUUCAACAGUGUGUUCGAUGGGCUCUCCAGCACGGAGUCAGCCUGACUGUCGUUGGUGGCGGUCACAGCGGCCACUGCCUACGUUCCAACGUCGUUUCGGUCGACAUGAGCGCCUUUAACAAUGUUCACAUUCUCACGGCCGGAAAUAGUGGACAAGAAGCUGGCUCUGAUGCGGCUGCCUUGGUUGUUGCCGAAGCCGGCUGUAAGACGGGGGAUAUUGUCCGCCAAACCAUGGCGGCGGGCCUGACAGUGCCCUUGGGGGCCCGCCCAAGCGUGGGCGCGGGACUAUGGUUACAAGGCGGCAUCGGACACCUCGCUAGAAUGAACGGGCUCACGUGCGACGCCAUCGUCGGUGCUGUGAUGGUCAGCGUCGAAUCUAGCCAGGUCCUUUGCAUCGGCCAUGUACCAAGCCAACACCGGCCUGCCGGUGCAGUGCGCCCACAAAACGAAACUGAUCUGUUAUGGGCGAUAAAAGGCGCUGGGACCAACUUUGGCAUCGUAGUCAGCGUUACUUUCAAGGCUUACGCGGCUUCGAUGUUCUCAGUUCGAAACUGGGUUGUCCCGCUCAGUGGUGAUGGCGAGGCACAGAGCAAGCUUCACGAUUUUGAUAACUUGGUCGCCAGGAAGCUCCCCCAGAGCUGUUCUGCAGAUGCGUAUCUUUACUGGGACAUAGGGAAGCUGCAUCUCGGAGUUACACUGUUCGAAUCUUCCACGGCUAGGUAUGUCUCCAAAACACCCCUGUCCACGCUCACAGCUGUGGAAACGAUUCUCGGGCCGGAAGACGGUUUUCAGAUGGUGGACGGCGUCGGUUUAUUCGAGACCGAGAUGUACAUGUCCAGAAUGCACGGCGGCCAUGCCAGCAGCAAGACUUCAUCAUUCAAGCGAUGCUUAUUCUUGAACCGCAUUGGAGCACGGAAUGUUGCCGAAAUCUUGGUGGCAGCCAUUGAAACUCGUCCCUCGCCACUCUCAUAUCUCCAUCUACUACAAGGUGGUGGAGCUAUCGGUGGCAUUCCAGCCGAUGCGACUGCUUUCGGUUGCCGUGACUGGGACUUUGCCUGCGUGAUAACUGGUGUCUGGCCGCGCGACCAAGAUGGAACCGAAGUCGCUCGAGCUGCAGUGCGGUGGGUGUACAACGUCGCCAGCAACUUGUUGCCCGUGAGUAGCGGGGUAUACGGCGCAGAUCUUGGACCGGACCCCAGAGAUACCGCACUGGCGAUCAAGGCCUUUGGGCCAAACCUACCACGCUUGGCUCGCCUCAAGCACAAAUCAGACCCGCGUAAUGUGCUGGCUUACGCCUGCCCGCUUCCGAAAACGCCUACAAAACAGAAGCUCAUCAUUCUUGUUACGGGCGAAAGCUGCGCUGGUAAGGACUAUUGCGGCGAAAUCUGGGUCUCGGCAUUCCUCCAAAAAGGGCUCAUUGCACGCGUGGUCAGCAUUAGCGAUGAAACUAAGCGAGAAUACGCGGCAGCCACUGGCGCCGACUUAAACUGCCUGCUUCGAGACCGUACCUACAAAGAGCAACACCGGGCGGCGUUAACAGCGUUCUUCCAGAGGCAGGUACGAGAUCGACCUCGGCUGCCCGAGGAACAUUUUCUCAAUGUAGUAUACGGCGCCGGAGACGUGGACGUGCUGCUAAUCACCGGGAUGAGAGAUAAGGCGCCAGUCACACUCUUCUCGCAUUUGGUGCCACACAGCAGACUGCUCGAUGUUCACAUCAAUGCCAGAAAAGAGACACGGCAAGCUCGCCGAGGCUGCCACGGCGGCGAUGCUGAUGGCAACGACACCGAUGAUAACAAUGAUAGCAGACCAAAACCUAAGCCCUUAGACUAUCACCCCAGUCUCAUCUUCAACAAUGACACGACCGGAAACGAGGCGGUGAAAAGGUUUGCUGAAGACUACUUACUUCCCUUCCUCGAUGAGGACUUUCAGCGACUAGCCAACAUGGUGCGUCCAGUGCCCGACUUUCCACGCCCAGGCGUCAAGUUCCGCCAUGUACUCAACAUCGCCCAGCAGCCGGGUGGGCUAGCCCUGUGUACCUCUCUGCUACAGACCCACUUCACCGGGGACUGGUCCAAAGUCGAUAUGAUAGUAUCUUGCGAGACUGGUGGGUUCAUCUAUGCGUCGGUCCUAGCGUCGCAAGUCGAUGUUCCCUUGGCGCUGAUUCGCGAAAUUGGGAAACUCCCACCACCCACCGUCUCCGUCCUCAAGAGUACAUCGCAUAUCUCUUCGAUAUCCAAUUCAAAUGAGAAGAGGAUUGGGAUAGAACGGGAUUUGAUACCCAGAGGCGCGUCCGUAGUGGUGGUGGACGAUGUACUCGCUACGGGGAAUACACUUUGCGCGGUGCUACAACUUUUGAGUGAAGUUGGCAUUGCUGAUGUCAGCAUCAUGGUCGUGGCCGAGUUCCCUGUUCAUCGUGGCCGCGAACUGUUGCGCCAGCAUGGGUUUGGUGUCAAUAUUAAAAGUCUUUUGGUCUUUGAUGGUGCCUAG